AUGAUGAUGUCUACUCCUGAGAACACCAAUAACAACAACAACAAUAAUAAUGAAGAUGUUACCAUCCCCUCUGGUGUUGAAGAGCAAAUGACUACUCCAGCAGAGCAAGAAAAUGCCCCGCUUACCCCAGAAGAAGAGGCCGCCAAGAAGAAAGCCUGUUACAAAAAGGCAUUCAUUGCCGUCAUUGUGGUAGCCUUUAUCGCAUACGUGAUUGCGGACUCCCUGACCACUGGUCAUGUGACGGGCGCCGUCGAAGACUUUUUGGCAUGGAUUGAAGACAAUCCAGUUGCCGGAAUCUUUGCUUUUAUUGGAGUUUAUUUCGUGGCGACAGUCUUUUUCGUUCCUGGAUCCAUCUUGACACUGGGUGCUGGCUUUGUGUUUGCCAAUGCAUUUGGCCUGGGUCUUGGAGUAGCCCUUGGAGUUUUGGCUGUCUUUGUGGGGGCCAGUGCUGGUGCUUGUGCCGCCUUUUUGCUUGGACGCUACUUGCUCCGCGACUGGGUCAGCAACUUGGCUCAAAAGUAUGCCAUCUUCCAAGCGCUUGAUGUUGCCUUUGAAGAGAAGGGGUUGCGCAUCAUGACACUUUUACGUCUGUCGCCCUUGAUCCCAUUCAAUGCCAUCAAUUGGGUUGCAGGCAUUACUUCGUUGAGGUUUUAUGAGUAUGUGAUUGCUUUGAUUGGCAUUUUGCCUGGAACCACGUUGUUUGUCUUUUUGGGAGCCUCUGCUGGCUCCUUGGCGGACAGUGCCAGUAGUGGAGCCAACGCCACCGUUACCAUCAUUGUGGCCGUGGUGGGAAUUUUAUUCGGCAUUGCAGCGGUUGGAAUCACCUCCUAUUAUGCCAAGAAGGAGCUAAAUCGCAUCACCGAAGAGCGCAAUGCUCAGCUCGAGGAAAAGGCAAACGACGAAUCCACAGACGAAGAAGCUCCUGGAAGGAUUGCAGAAACAACUCCAGAACCAUCAUCUUCCGAGUGA